AUGAAUGUUGACCUCGACAGGAAGCUUGUAUUUCCAGGAAUAGUGGAAACAACACUGAGGCCUGACAUGGUAAUAUGGACAGAGCAAUCCAGACACCUCAUCGCCAUAGAGCUCACCGUACCAUGGGAGGAAGGCGGCGAGGAAGCUCACGAGAGGAAGAAAGCCAAGUAUGAUGAGCUGAUGGAAAAGUACAGGAGCAGAGGAUGGACAGUAUGGCUCUUUCCAGUGGAGGUUGGCUGUAGAGGUUUCCCCGCACAGUCAGUGUGGAGGACACUACAGUCGAUAGGACUCACUGGGAGGGCAAGAGCUACCGCCAUCAGACGAUUGGGAGAAGCUGUGGCUAUGGCACAAACGAGAAGAGCCGGUGUGGAAGCCGACAUAGACGCGUAG